AUGUUCAGGGGUUCGAGUGAUAACGUUGACGUCGACUUGACGUAUUUUUUAGGCAAGAUAUUCGUCGAAGUUGAGCGCGCUCGACUGCGUUUGAGGCUUGCACACAUGAAGGAGGAAGAUGGAGAACCGAUUGAGGCCGCGAACAUCAUCCAAGAUGAGCAGGUUGAGACAUGUGGUGCGAUGGAGAAAAACGAGAAGGCCGAAUACAUUCUGGAACAGAUGCGUCUAGUGCUGCGAAAAGGCGACUACAUACGCACACAAAUCAUAUCGAGGAAGAUCAACCCGAGGCAGUUGGAGAGAGAUGAGGGCAUGCAGGAUAUCAAGAUCACAUACUAUACGUAUCUUGUUCGCUACUGGCUUCACGAGAAGAACUACCUGGAGGUGUAUAAGUGCUACCGAGCUAUACUGAAUACUAAGAAGACUCAGGAGGACGAGUCCAAAUGGACUGAAGCUCUGGAGUGCUCGGUGUUGUACCUGAUCCUGUCGCCUUACACCAAUGAGCAAAGCGAUUCUCUGUACAAGCUGCGAGAGUCUGAGAAGAAGCGCUUGGAGAGCGUCCCUGUAUACAGUGAUUUGCUGAACGCGUUCCUGGCUGAGGAGCUAGUGCCAUCUCCGCUUCCCAACGAAGAGACUGUCAAGGCUCAUAAGGUGUUCAAUGAUGCUGUUGCCGACAAGGAGGCGGAAUAUUUGGGCGGGGCCGAGAGGUGGAGCCUUUUCCGGAAGCGCGUUGUCCAACAUAAUAUCGUGAAAGUGGCUGCCGUGUACUACACCAGGAUUCAUUCUGCGUCUCUGGCGAAGAUGAUUGGAGUUACUGUGGACGAGACUGAGAAGGAAGUAUGCGAGCUCGUGACUGGUGGCUUCCUUGAUGCCAAGAUUGACCGUCCCGCCGGAAUAAUCAGGUUCGGUCGGAGGCUGACUACAACCCAGCGUUUGGAUAAGUGGAGCUCAGAUAUACAUAACCUGUUGGACUUGGUCGAGUCCACUGGCCAUCUCAUCGCUAAGGAGCAGAUGAUCAGCGCUGCUCGAGCGAAGAUGCGCGCGAGAACUACGGCCGCUAAGUGAAUAUGAUACCCCCAAUAUGUUGCUGGAAUCGGAUAAGUU